AUGGCGGUUAACCCCUCCACCUACUGCUCGCCUCCGCUCGGCCGUUCUCUCUCCCCUCGGACCUCCCUGGCCUUCCUCAGCCGGACCUUUCUGAGGCCCUGUUUGUCUCCCGGAGCUCAGGCUCCGGGCCUCGUUCUGGUCCGCUCCCUGAAGAGCUCUUCCGGCGGCUUCGGAUCUCAGAAUCCCGUGAGCUUGGGCGAGUCCGAAGCUCCGGUGGGGUCGUACCCCCAGGGCUCUUCAGCUUCAGCGAUUGAUUUCCUCACAUUGUGCCACCGCCUCAAGACGACUAAGAGGAAAGGGUGGAUCAAUCAUGGAAUAAAAGGUCCAGAGUCGAUCGCUGAUCAUAUGUACCGCAUGGCGCUGAUGGCUUUGAUUGCUGGUGAUAUUCCAAGUCUGAACCGGGAAAGGUGUAUUAAGAUAGCUAUCGUGCACGAUAUUGCUGAAGCUAUUGUUGGAGAUAUAACACCAUCCGAUGGAGUGCCGAAAGAGGAGAAAAGCAGGAGAGAAAGUGCAGCUUUAAACGAAAUGUGCGAAGUUCUUGGUGGAGGAAUGAGGGCUGAAGAGAUCAAAGAACUCUGGGCUGAGUAUGAAAACAACUCAUCCCUCGAGGCCAAUCUGGUUAAAGAUUUCGACAAAGUUGAGAUGAUUCUGCAAGCACUGGAAUAUGAAACAGAACAUGGGAAGGUGCUGGAUGAGUUUUUCCUUUCGACUGCAGGAAAGUUUCAGACAGAAUUAGGGAAAAGUUGGGCAGCUGAGAUUAUUUCAAGAAGAAAUGCAAGGCUUGCCAAAGUAGUAAACUGAUCUACUGCUUCAUGAAUGAAACCAUCUGCUUCCAACAGACUUAGGCUAGCCUUUUUCAAGUGGUCACCCUUGCACUACAAUCUCAACACAGAUGCAUCCUUAAUGUUUGAUCGUGAUCAUGAGAGUGAAACUGUAACCAUAAACUUAGAAGCAGCCAGCCAUUGCUUCAUGGGGUUAAACAGCUCGGGCAGUCAAGUCUAGGUGUUCUGGAUGGUGUUGAUGGUUCCAUGGUGCAAGGAGUAUUCUUUGUUUGGAGAAACCUGGUAAGAGGUUACGUGUUGUAUUAGAGUAAGCUAAGGAUUCUGCGGCCAAGUUAGGCAAUCAAAUGGCACUCUGUUCAGCUUAUAGGUUCUCAUUAUUUCGAACUUAUCCAUUAACUGUGCUAAGUAGCUGUAGUGGGCACAAUUGCAAGUGACUUUAAGCUCCUGUUUUUUGGAAUUGCGCAUCAAUUUGUUCUGCUGAAAAUGAUAUAAAGAGAAUCGAGACUAGAAUUCAUUAUUUUGGUGACUAAA